UAAUCAACAACCGCGACUUGCAGUCAUAAUCGUUUGGACUUGCAAGGUGGAAAGAACCGCAUCAUGUCGACUCUCUGCAUCUUCAGUUCCUCGUGUCACGGAAAGCAUCACUAGGCAACGAACGCUAGUCGAUAUGUCGGUAUGGUAACAGCCGACAACUGUUCUGCUGUUGUGUAAAAAGUGAUCGCGUGGAACACAGAAUUUCACACGUUGACACAGUGAAUAUUGGAUAAAAAGGUACCAAUAUGGCACCACUACUCAGAUAUUGUGAAGAAAUACUGAGUCAUUCUCUGGUCGUGCUGCUGGUCCUCGUGACAUCGAACGGCUGCAGCGACCCUACGCAGACCCACACGACAGCUGUCGAGAGUCGCGAGACGAAGACGCCAAGUUGGUGGCCAAUCGUGGAAUGCGUCUUUCUGGACGAUGUAAGCAAGUGCCUGCAGGACAGCACCGUGCGAGCGUUCGUCGGCCUAGACCUGAAGGACGACAUACGCAUUGAUACUGAGAAGGAGACAGUGAAGCUACCAGGAGAUAGAGAGGCAGGUAUCUUCGAAAUGCUUGGGGACCUCGUGAGCGACGGAAUAUCGAGGAUUUUCCAGGACGACGACAAGAAAGUUGGAGAUGAGGAGGACGAUGACGACGACGACGACGACGACGAUGAUGAUGACGACGAAGAAGCAGAUGGAAUACAAACAGCAGAAAACGGUGAUAGCAACACACUUGGUCAUGCAUAUAGUAGGACACAAUCUGUAGCUGGGAAUGUUCACAGAAGCUUGGAAACAGGUCGCACAAAGAAGAAGAUACAGAAGCUCGUCACUAUCAUUAAGCUCGUGAUUGCGGCUUUACUCAUCAAACUGAAGAUCUUCACACUCCUGUAUGUGUUCGGGAAGCUGAUGGAGUUCAAGAUGGUAAUCCUGGUGGGUAUCAACACGCUGAUAAACGUGGUGAAACUCUUCCUAGAGUGGAAGAAGAGUAAAAACCCGAACAACGUCGUACACUACGAAGAGGCGCAUCACGAACACAUCCACGAUAGCAAUCACUUCGAUAAGGGGGACAAGGGCUGGCUUGGGGGGCUCUGGUCCAGAAACGAUUUUAUAGGAGGCCGUUCUCUCACGGACUCACACGGCCUGGCUUACUCAGCGCACAGACCAGUACCACAGUAACAACGUAACAGCAGUUUCAGGGUUCAGUCAUGUACGGCAGGCAUACACUCUCAAGACAGGAAAUCAACAAAACAGCUAUGGAACAAAAUACCGGCGAAUAUUUAAGCUAAUUAUAAAUUAUCAUCCAAACACAGGCGAUUCUCCUUGUACCUGUUUUCGCUAUGCGGUUUUAUUUUAGUAUUAUGAAUAGUAGCGAUAUCGAAUAAGUAGCCAAAUUUUAAAGCCUAUUUAUAACCUGAACUAAACCUUCUCACGACUUAAUAGGGAAUCUGAUGCAGAUGAUAAACUUGGCAUCAACGGAUUCUGGAGCCAGUUUAACACCAAACAAGCAGCUGUUGUUCGUUUCCAGUUUUGCACAUUUUCGUUAUGAGCAGGAAAGCAAUCCACGUGUAUAACGAGAGUCUCCUGCAUAUUUGGUAUUUCAUCCAUUAAGUGAAACUACAGAUCAAAGAUUACACCUAUAUACAAUAUACUAUAUACCUAAAACAAACUUCAGAAACAGAACAGAGCGCUCCUUGAGGCUCACAAUUCCGGUCUAGUUCUUGGAAGUGAAACAUGAAUUAUGACGAAUGACAAAGAAAUAACACAAAUUAACACGUCAUUUGAUUUAUUAUACUCGUAUCAAUAUUUACGGUCACUAAAAAUGAAGAAACAAGACGUAACUAGACAGUACACACUUAAAAUAACAAAGUCGUCUAAACCGGAGACAACAUUUAAAGACGCAAGAGGACAGAAUUCCUGAAAUCAAAUAGACAUAGUAUGCUCCAAGAGACACACGCAACAUCUACGAAUAUACGGCAAGACGGAAUAACUAAAGUCUGUAGUGUAGCAUCCCGGUGUGUUACGUUGAUUCUUGGUUUAUCUCGUCGGUCACAAGAAAAAUAGGAAGGAAAAAAAAGCAAGAUAGAACAACUGAACUUUGGAACGGGCUUUAAAGCAUUCAAAUCUUUCACAGUUAAGGACACAACUAGCUGGUAAAACGUUAAGGUUAAGUAAGCUACCCCUUUAAUCUACCUUAUGUCUUGCACACGAACUGACGAGAUUUCCGUUGUCUCAUUCCUUGAUGUUCCGAAUAUAAUUACCCCCAAAAAUAACGUAUAAAUACUGUACAAUGGAAAGUAAACUGAUCUACACGUAAUUAGAUGAAUAUGACAAUAAAGCAAAUUCAGCAACAGAGCAAAAACACAAUUAUAGACCUUUGUAACGAGUUAGUCAAGAGUUUUAAAAUCCAAACUCUAAUGAUUAGUGCAUGCAGAACAACUUCGGCAGUUCUUUUAUGAAUGUUGUCUCUUUGAAAGAAAAAGAACGAAUUCCAAGUCUUUAAACUCAAGUUUCUCAGCAAAACAUUCGGAUCGACGAAGGAUGAAGCCAGAUAAAACCUUCGUGAUUUAAUAUGGAUCAAUUAGCACUUUCAUGACGACGGUAACAAGAAGGCUGGGUUUGUGAUUACGAUUAGGCGAACAAGGAAUGGCCACAGAAAGUUGGUGGCGAAAUGGCUCUGAAAAUUUUCACUCGAAAGACGGAAGUAACUGGAACUACCUUAGGAUAGUGUCCGAAAGCAGGCUUUCGUUUCGGAGGUGUAGAACACUCGGGUCGUACUACGACAAUCUUAACGUAACCCAUGUCUUGAAGCCACCCAUCUUAGAUGCAGCUGCCACCCACCAGUUGAAAAUGUAGUAACUUGGUGAAAGUCAAAAUACGAAUGGCAUAAUGCCAUAUUAAUUUAUAUGUAAUAAUAUUUAUUCAUUUAUUUAUUGAAUAGGCUUAAUGUGUUUCAUAACUUAGUAACUCUAAGGUUGUAAAGAGAGAAUAAACAGAC